AUGGCGUUCGACAAAACAUGGAUAGUCCUCAUCGCUGGUUGUGGUGUCUUAGGACUGGCUGUGUGGGGUGGACUUAACGCAAUUACUCUAAAAAUGAUUCUCUUAUGGAUGUUCAUCGGCUUUGGGUUCCUGACCUUCCUAAUGCAUUUGUUUGGCUCGCCGAUUAGUAUUUUGUUGGGAAAAUUUUUCCAUAAUUCUCCCGACGAACAACAGACCAGUCAAGUAAAAUAUUCUGAAACGGAACUGAAAGAAAGAAGGCAAAGAGCGUUGGAAAUGAAACAAUUCCUGCAAGAUAAUAAGGUUGACAUCUAUAGAGAGAACAUUUUAGAUCCAAGAGAAGAGAUUCUUAAAGCAAAAAGAGAGGCAGAGUUCUACAAGUUUGACAGCAGGUGGAGAGGAAAGGGUCAAAGAUUAGGGAAGGGACAUGUUGAAGAACAAGCUGAAGAAGACUUUUUAUCCCAAGAGUUUUUGCUGCAUGAAGAUCCCAGCUCAGAAGAAGGAACAAACACAGAACAGAUUCCACAUAAUGAAAGUACUUCAAACUUCACUGACAAUGGGUGCAUGUCUAGAAAAGAACAGACUGAGACAGAUUCUGUGUGUCAAAGAAGAAACAGACAGAGUCGUGAGUUGCCUGAAGAGCCAGAUCCUAAGGAGAAUGGGGUAAUAACUGUUGCCCUUCGUUGUCCUGAUGGAACUGUUAAGAAGAGGAGAUGUGCAGUGCAGUCCCAAAUUAAGGUAACAAUUACUUGACGCCCUCUUAGAUUUUGGUUUGUUAUGUUGAAUCUAGUAUACCUGUCAAGUCAGACGCAUUAUGCAUGUUCCUCACGUCCGUAUUUAU